GAACUGCCCCUUUUCUAAAGAGGAGCCCAAAGGCAAGGCUGGUCAUCUCUUGCAGAUCUCAAAACGAUGGCUCAGAGACCCCUGUCCUUUAAGGAUGUGACUGUGGACUUUACUCAGGAGGAGUGGCAGCACUUAGAUUCUGCUCAGAAGACUCUAUACAUGGAGGUGAUGUUGGAAAACUAUUGCCACCUCAUCUCUGUGGGGUGUGACCUGACCAAACCUGAUGUGAUCCUCAAACUAGAGCGAGGGGAAGAGCCAUGGACAACAUUUACAGGUCAUGCCAGCUUAGAAGAAAACUGGAAAGCUGAAGACUUUUUAAUGGAAUUCAAGGAACACCAACAUAACUAUUCUAGAUCAGUUAUAUGCAUUAACCACAAAAGAAUGAUGAAGGACAAGAGUAACAUAUAUGAAAAGACCUUUCCUCUAGUGGGAAAGCCUGCCCAUUCAAAAGCUCUACCUCCAGAAUUUACCUCUCAUGGAAAGAUUCUGGAAAAUGUCUCAGAACUAAUCAGCAACCUAAGUCCUGAAAGAAAGAGGUUUACUGAGUCUAACAGGUAUGGGAAAUCAUCCAUUUAUACUAAGGGAGAGAUAACUCAUUCUGAAGUCAAGUCUCAUAAUCAUAGUGGCAGGGCUUUUUGUCAUAAUGACACGUUUCCACAGUAUCAGAAGAAAAUGACAGUGGCCCAGUCAUUUGCAUAUGACUGUGAGAAAACAUUCCUUAAAAAGGGAGGUUUACACCCACAUAACAGACUAUAUAAUAGAGAGAGAAGAGCAACCAAUAUUGAAAGAAAACAUAUGUGCACUCAAUGUGGGAAAUCCUUUUGCAGGAAGUCAGUAUUGAUUCUCCAUCAGGGAAUUCACACAGAAGAAAAGCCUUAUCGGUGUCAUCAGUGUGGAAAUUCAUUCAGAAGGAAAGCCUACCUCAUUGACCACCAGAGAACUCACACAGGAGAGAAACCCUUUGUCUGUAAUGAUUGUGGUAAAUCCUUCCGCCUAAAGACAGCCCUCACAGAUCAUCAAAGAACACACACAGGGGAGAAGUCAUAUGAAUGUCCACAGUGUACAAAUGCUUUCAGAUUGAAAUCACACCUCAUUCGUCACCAGAGAACACACACAGGAGAGAAACCAUAUGAGUGCCAUGACUGUGGGAAAUCCUUCCGCCAAAAGACAACCCUGUCUUUACAUCAGAGGAUUCACACUGGGGAGAAACCUUAUAUCUGUAAAGAAUGUGGGAAGUCCUUUCACCAAAAGGCAAACCUUACUGUACACCAGAGGAUCCAUACAGGGGAAAAGCCCUACAUUUGUAAUGAAUGUGGGAAAGCUUUCUCUCAGAAGACAACCCUUGCUCUUCAUGAAAAGACCCACAAUGAGGAGAAACCCUAUAUUUGUAGUGAAUGUGGAAAGUCCUUCCGCCAGAAGACAACCCUGGUGGCACAUCAGAGAACACAUACAGGGGAGAAGUCUUACGAAUGUCCUCACUGUGGGAAAGCCUUUAGAAUGAAAUCCUACCUCAUUGAUCAUCACCGAACUCACACAGGAGAAAAGCCAUAUGAAUGUAAUGAUUGUGGGAAAUCAUUCAGUCAGAAGACAAAUCUCAAUCUGCACCAGAGAAUUCAUACAGGAGAGAAACCCUAUAUCUGUAAUGAAUGUGGGAAGUCCUUUCGCCAGAAGGCAACCCUCACUGUACAUCAGAAAAUACAUACAGGCCAGAAGUCCUAUGAAUGUCCUCACUGUGGAAAAGCCUUCAGCAGGAAGUCCUACCUCAUUCAUCAUCAAAGAACUCACACAGGAGAGAAACCAUAUAAAUGUAAUGAAUGUGGAAAGUGCUUUCGGCAGAAGACAAACCUCAUUGUCCAUCAAAGAACUCACACAGGUGAGAAGCCCUAUGUGUGCAGUGAGUGUGCCAGGUCCUUCAGCUAUAAGAGAAACCUCACGGUCCAUCAGAAAGCUCAUAACGGGGAAGAUGUGGAAAUCAAUGAAUGAUCUUUUGUGUGAAGUCUAAGAUGACUGUAAACCUUUAGUUUUCAAUAGAUAAUGAUUAAACAUGUUAAUGUAAUUUAA